UGAACAUCUCCUACGGAUCGCUGAAAAAUCCAUUCAUUCUGGUCCCUACAACACCGCCAAUUUUCUUGCCAGUUCGUUAAUCUCUAAAAAAAAUCACCCCUUUUUUCUUUUCUUCUUCGUUUUUGGCUCCGUGCAAAGCUCUGAAAUGAUGGGCGGACACCCCGUGCACACGCUGUAAACACCCCCUGCUUCUCCCCCCGCCUCCCCCAUCUCUCAGAAAGUCCGAAACUUUAUGCUCCCCGCGUCGACUUCGUUGGAUCUCUUCACGAAAGUUUGAAACUUUCACCCGUGAUCUCCGCACAGGUAGUUCCGUUCCGGUUGAAUUCUUCGCCUUCUUGAACGAAAUGAGACGAAAGUUCGAUUCUUGAUUGGUGGGCUGUGAAUUCUGGGUGCUUCUUUUGUUUCGUUGGUGGAAUUUGAGUGAUGGGUUUUUGUGUGUGCUCCGUUUAGCUGUGUUUGUUUCCCCCCUCCCCCAGCGAGCGAGCUUGAUCCCUCCCCAAUAAUGAUGGAGAGGGCGGAGUCUGAGCAGAAGCUGUACACGCGGAUGAGGCUCUGGGAAUUCCCAGAUCAGUACGUUGUUGAGCCCACUGAUGGAUCUUGUGGAUCCUCUUUAGCGGUCAGUCGUGUUGAUGGGACGAUGAAUCUGAUAGAUGAGCUUCCGGAAUGUGAUUCGGUGCGGGUCCCCAAAAUCCAAACCAUUUUUGGAGUGGUUGGGAUGUUGAAGCUUGUGGCAGGGUCUUAUUUGAUUGUUAUCACCGAACGAGAGGCUGUUGGCUCUUAUUUUGGGCAUCCUAUCUUCAGAGCGUCAUCCUUGAAGGUUUACCCUUGUGACCAUUCUCUCAAACAUUCCCCCAAUGAGCAGAGGAGGUUGGAGACUGAGUUUUCCGCACUGCUCAGCGUCGCAGAGAGGACUUCUGGUCUAUAUUUUUCUUAUGACACUAACUUAACACUAAGUGCUCAACGGUUAUAUGAAUUGGGUGAUGAGUCCAAGUUGCUUCCUCUUUGGAGACAGGCUGAUCCUCGGUUUCUCUGGAAUAAUUAUUUGCUGGAACCUCUCAUAGAUAAAAAGCUUGAUCGAUACUUGCUGCCUGUUAUCCAAGGGAGCUUCCAACAUUUUCAAGCAGCCAUUGGGAAAGAUAUUGCUGAUGUCACAUUGAUUGCGAGGAGGUGCACAAGGAGAAAUGGAACCCGAAUGUGGAGAAGGGGAGCUGACUCUGAUGGUUAUGUUGCCAACUUUGUGGAAAGUGAGCAAAUUAUGCAGAUGAAUGGGUUCACAGCAUCAUUCAUCCUUAUACGAGGUUCCAUUCCAUUUCCUUGGGAGCAAAUUGUUGAUUUGACAUAUAAGCCUAAGUUUGAGAUAGUGAAACCUGAGGAAGCUCCUCGAGUUGUCGAGCGUCACUUUCUGGACUUGAGAAAAACAUAUCGAGCUGUUUUGGCUGUUGAUCUUGUCAAUAAGCAUGGAAGUGAGGGCCGCCUAUCGGAACAAUACGCCAAUUCAAUGCAGCAUAUUGUUGGCGAUGAUGUAAGAUAUCUGCACUUCGAUUUCCAUCGGAUUUGUGGGCAUGUUCACUUUGAGCGUCUCUCCAUUCUUUAUGACCAAAUUGCAGACUUCCUUGAAAAAAAUGGUUACUUUUUAUUGAAUGAGAAGAGUGAGAAACUUAAGGAGCAACUUGGGGUUGUGAGGACAAAUUGCAUCGAUUGCUUAGACCGUACAAAUGUUACCCAGAGCAUGAUAGGUCGAAGAGUGUUAGAAUGGCAGCUCAGGAGGAUUGGUGUAUUCAGUGCUGAAGAGACAAUUGAGGCACAUCCAAAUUUUGAUGAAAACUUUAAGAUAUUGUGGGCUAAUCAUGGGGAUGAAAUAAGCAUUCAGUAUUCUGGUACUCCUGCUCUGAAGGGUGACUUUGUCAGAUAUGGGCGGCGGACGAUUCAGGGGAUCCUUAAAGACGGAAUGAAUGCCCUGGGCCGCUACUAUUUGAAUAAUUUCGUUGAUGGAACAAAGCAGGAUGCAAUCGAUCUACUUCAAGGGCAUUAUAUUGUCUCAGUCAGUCGCGAUUUAACCACCCCGUCCAUUCCGUCACAGAAGACGGGCCUUGAGGCUGUAGCUUCAUUUCCUCUGGCUUUGUCAUUGGUCUUGGUUGGAUUCUUUUUCGCAGCCAUGUCUUUAAGACGAGCUCCUUUCGAAUUCCGACACCUGUUCUUCUCCUUUGUGUGGGCGGGAAUGAGUCUUGCAAUAGCAGCAUUUGUAAGGGCUAAUGGCCGGAUUUUCUGCAAUCGACCUCGUCUGCACAAGCCUCGUUGAUUCUGGAUGCAAAAGCCUUGUGCCACUAAACUGCCGUUUCACUGUUUUUUUCUCGUCUCGCUGCAUAUUGUAUUUAUUCUUUAACUUCUAUAUUGCCUAGAAUCCAAUUGCCUUAGAUUUUCAGUUGACAGUGCUACGUUUGGAAUUAAUGGAGAUUUGUAUAAUUUGAUUUCUCUUGCUCUAUCACAAUAUGUUCAUUCCAGGUCAAUAUAAAGGUUUGAGGGAGAUUGAUUUACUUAA